CGGGGUGUGAAAAACCAACAGCGGUCGCAGUAAAAACAUGUGACGCAACAAUUUCUUGUAUGACAUCAUGCGACCAUGGAUACACACUGGGAGAGAAGGGUCACGACGGUUGUCCUGCUUGUAGAUGUGAAGCGAAAUGCACCACGUGUGAAACUCAUCCCAUCGUAGUGCAGAAAGUGGAUGAAUGCCACAACUGUGAAAAGAAACCAGUUGUGGUGGUCCAGAAGACCUCCGAAUGUACGGAAAACUGCGGACACCACACAGGAACAUACGUGGCUGUGGGCGGAUCUAGUGGAGGUAGCUCUGGCGGAGCCGCCGGUGGCAGUGGUGGAUUUGGUGGCGGAUCCGGUGGUCUAUCAGCUGGAGGUGGUGUCAUGUCGGCAGGAGGCGGCGGUAUGUCGGCAGGAGGAAUGGCAGCCGGCGGAAGCGGCGGAGGAGCCCAGUGUAAACCUCUUCCCCCUAACUGUCACCCUCAUUGUAUAAAGUAUGAUGUUGCACACUGUCGACUGUGUAUGUGUGAGAGUGAACCCAUGCACGGAUGAGACAUCAAUUUUGCUGUCAACAGUAUUCAGAAUUCUUUGUUACCCAUCAAUGCAUUCUGUAAAAAUCUCU